AUGAAUCCUUAAAUUGUUGGUCAAUUCGAAAAUCACUUCAAAGGAAAGUAUGAAUAAAAGGUUAAAAAGUAUUUAAAAGAAAGUAAAAAUGAUCGCCAGAAAGUAGUAGUGCUUUGUAGUGGCUGCUAUUGUCCUCCACAUGAAGGUCAUUUUUUCAUGAUGGAAGAUGCUAUAAAGCACUUGAUAUCAAACAAUUAUGAUGUCGUAAUGGGAAUUUACUCAGUUGCAAGUGAUGCAUACAUGUAAGGAAAAAUAAAAGAUAUACAAUUUGGCUUUGAUGAAAGACAGAAAUAGCUUCUAUAUUUAAUCUAAUAAAAGAAAUCUAUCCAAUAAGAAAUUAUUGUUGAUGACUUCGAAAAGGGUAAAGCCUUUAUCGAUUAUCCAUAUUUAUGUGCUAUGUAUUAAAGGGAAUUCGCAAAAUAUAAUAUCAAGUUUUCUUAUUGUGCAGGUAGCGAUUUACUAAAAUAUGGCUUAAAUCAUUAAUUUUAUAAUUUUGCUGACUUCUUAAUUAUCUAUUAGAGAGACUAAAAAAAAGUAGAAGAACAUAUAAAAAAACAACAGGGCAUUUUCGUUUUAGAGCAUGAAUAGACUAAGAAUUUGAAUUCAUCAGAAAUAAGAUAAAAACUCAAACAAGAUUAUAGCAAUGAAUUAAAUCCAAAUAAAAAAAAAUGA